AUGGGCAAAGUCAUCUCCGCCUUUGUGGUGGCCACGAUCCUGCUAAGCACAACGUCUUUCAUACUAGAGUCGAUGCAGUCCUUUGCGAAGCGCCCGGAUCUCUGCGAGGAUCUGCGGGCGGCCGGGGAGCCGCUGACGGUCGAAGCCUGCGAGCCGGUGCCACACGAAAGCUUCUUCUACAUAGAAGCCGCAUGCAUACUUAUCUUCACUGUCGAAUACCUUGCUCGCCUGCUCACUUGUCAUGCGGAGCCUGCGCUCGGUGAGACUCCUACCCUCCGGGUGCUGCACUACGCACGGAUGCCUUUGAACAUUGUGGACUUGUUAGCAGUGGCACCAUUCUAUUUGGGAUUCAUCAUUGGAAAUUCCGUGAGCUCGCUACGAGUGCUUCGGUUGGCCCGGGUGCUCAGGCUCUUCAAGCUCGCCAAGCACCAUGGAGGCAUGAGGCUUUGCUUGGAAGCAAUGAUGAGAAGCGGUUUUCCUUUGGCGAUCCUUAUGUUCUUCAACGUGAUUGUGGGCAUCAUUUUCGCCUGCGUCAUGUUCUUCGUUGAGGGGCAACGGUUCUCGGUCGCCCCACAAUUCACACAGCCCAGGACAGAUAUGUUCAACAACACUGUGCCCGCGCCAUUUCCCACCGGGGUCUUCGUGCGCAUCGAUGCACAGGGCGAGCAUGAAGUUCAGACGCCUUUUCGCUCGAUACCGAUAGCUCUUUGGUGGGCUUUCUCGACAAUGACCACUGUGGGCUACGGCGACAUUGUUCCCACGACACUCCCAGGAAAAAUUGUGGGUGUUAUGUGCUUCUAUUGUGGAGUGAUCCUCCUGGCGCUGCCCAUCGGAGUCUUGAGUUCGAACUUCGAGAAUGCUUACUCACAGGCAUCGUCUCAUUCGCAAGGCUGUCUUUUAAUGAGCACCUUCGGAAUAGCACCACGAGAUCCACAAAGUCUCCGGCCCAGACAAUCCGAGACAGCGCUUGUGAAGCCAGUUUGCUUCCAGGAUUUGCGCAGAAAGCAGUCUGAGGAGAAGAUCAAGAAGAAGUUUCCCACAUGGUGGUUAACUACCUCUCAUGUCUCGGUACCAGCCAUUUCGAGCGCAAAAACUGCCGUGCGCGCCGCAGAUCCGAAGGUCAACGUUCAACAGAUGCAACCAGCUCGGGGUUCGCGCUGGUUUCCGGAAGAAGAAGUUUCAUGGAGUCGGCAGCUAUUCCUUAUCAUGAGCGAUCCCGGAUCAAGCCGUGCAUCCAACGUGGUGUCCUGGUUCGUUACGGCAGUGAUCAUGGUCGCCACGGUGUCCAUGUUGCUCGAGUCCCUGCCCGAAUUCAAUGUUACCCCGGCCGAGUGCAAGCCCUGGCCAGAGAUAACCAUCGCAAGCUGCCGUCCCGUUCCUCGCCCUGCGUUUGAGUACGUGGAGCUCGUUUGCAUGAUCGUCUUCACCAUAGACUAUGUGCUGCGACUUGCAUUGGUGCAUCGUGCAUUACCCCAAGACAUCGGGCUGGUGGAGAAAGAAGUGGGUCGAUUAAAGAUGACUUGGAAGUAUGCAAUACAAGUGCUGAACCUGGUAGACUUUUUCGCCAUUGCGCCGUACUACAUCUCUCUCAGCGGCUUGUAUCAGGGAAGCACCGCCGCACUUCGAGUGCUGCGACUGGUGAGGGUGUUUCGCUUACUGAAAUCCCCAAAGCUGCGAGACGGCGUGGAAAUGAUCAUCAACAUCGUCGGGGACUCGUUGCCUGGAAUUCUGUCCGUGUUCUCCUUGACGAGCAUUGUAUGCAUUCUCUUUUCCUCCAGCCUCUGGAUCGCCGAGGGGACGGAGUAUUCUGUCAGCGCCUUCCCCAAUGAGUACCCGCUUGGGGUCUACAUCAGGCCGACGAAAUAUGGAUAUGGUGUGGAGCCAACCCCGUUCACUUCAAUCUCCCAUUGCUUCUGGUGGUUCUUUGUUACUGCUACAACUGUUGGUUACGGAGACGAAUAUCCUACGACGACAUUAGGAAGGCUCACGGCGAUUGGAUCCUUUUAUGCAGGAAUUGUGUUGGUGGCAAUCAAGCUCACAAUUGUCGGCCGUGCCUUGAAAAGGCAGUUUCCACAGUGGAAUGGACAGGCCGCAUGA